AUGGCACGAUGUGCGUACUUCAGCAUGAUACUCGCCGCCCUGACCUUAGUGACACCCACUAUCGGGGGCGGAGUGGACGAAGGGACGAAUGUGAGACCCCUGAGGAGGGAGAAGAGAGGAUGGGUGUGGAACCAGUUCUUCGUUUUGGAGGAGUACGCUGAGGAGAAACCUCUCUACGUCGGCAAGCUUCACUCUGAUAUGGAUAAAGGUGAUGGAUCUGUGAAGUAUAUUUUAUCAGGAGAAGGAGCAGGAAGCACAUUUACUCUGGAUGACAGCACUGGUGAUAUCCACGCCAUACAGCGUCUGGAUCGGGAGGUGAAGGCGCAGUACGUUCUGCGAGCCCAAGCCACUCAUCGCGGUACGGGUCUCGCUCUGGAACCCGAGUCCCAGUUCAUCGUUAAGAUCCAGGACAUAAACGACAACGAGCCCAGGUUCCUGGAUGGACCCUACCGAGCCACCGUACCAGAGAUGUCUCCAGUCGGUACGCUCGUGAUUCGAGUGACGGCGACCGACGCUGACGACCCCUCGUACGGUAACAGCGCUCGAGUCCAGUACAGCGUGGUGGAGGGGCAGCCGUAUUUCUCUGUGGAUUCACAAACAGGCGACGUUCGUGUGUCGUUGGCUGAUAUGGACCGAGAGGUCAGAGCUCAGUAUCAGGUGGUCAUUCAGGCUAAAGACAUGGGCGGUCAGCUCGGCGGUUUAGCUGGAACCACGACCAUCGACAUCACGCUGAGCGACGUCAACGACAAUCCGCCGCGGUUUACUCAGAAGAUUUACCAGAUGAGCGUUCCUGAAUCUGGACCGGUCGGUUCUGUAGUGGGUCAGGUCGAGGUUAAAGAUCUGGAUUUAGGAAUCUACAGAGAGAUGCGCUACAGCAUCGUCGACGGAGACGGACGCGAUGUGUUCGAAGUCAGCGCCGAUUCGGACCACGUGUACGGGGUCGUCACCGUUAAACAGCAUCUGGACUUUGAGACCAAGCGCAGCUACAGUCUGAAGAUCCAGGGUUCGAACACUCACGUUGACGCUCGGUUUAAAGCCAGCGGUCCGUUCAGUGACGUCACCGUGGUUCACGUGAACGUGGAGGACGUGGACGAGCCGCCGGAGUUCGAUGCUACGACGUUUUACGCCGAGGUGCCCGAAGACGCUGAAAUCGGCACCGUGAUUAAAGUCUUCUCAGCCAGAGACCCCGACGCAGCGGAUAAAUCCAUACGAUAUGCGAUAGAAGAGACGAGUGACCCUGAUAAAUAUUUCUACCUGGACGUGAUGAGAGGUUCUCUGAUGAGCGUCCGGCCACUGGACAGAGAGAAGAGAGACUGGCACAAUCUCACUGUCGUUGCCAUUGAGACGAAUAAUCCAGCGCAGGCGUCCAGUGUUUCGGUGGCUAUAAGAGUUCUGGACGUGAACGAUAACCCACCAUUGCUGGCGCAGUAUUACGAAACGUUCCUGUGUGACAGCGCCAAAGCAGGACAGCUGAUCCAAUCAAUCAGAGCUGAAGAUCCAGAUGAGCCAAUCGGAGGGCAGCGUUUCCGUUACGCACUCGCACCUGAAGCACGAAAUAAUCCCAACUUUACCAUCAGAGACAAUCAAGAUAACUCGGCGUGGAUCCUGACUCGACACGAUAACUGGCCGUCUUCGUCUCAGAGAGUUUACUAUCUCCCCAUAUCGGUGUCUGAUGGAGGCGAGCCGGUUCAGUCCAGCACUCACACUCUCACGAUCCGGGUGUGUAGGUGUGGCGGAGACGGAGAGGUUCUAACCUGUGAAAAAGCUGAACCAUACACACUUCCACCCAACCUGAGCAGAACAGCAUUCAUCACCAUCCUCAUCUGCACCUCCAGCCUCAUCGUGAUGAUCACGCUCAUGCUCCUCCUGCGUGGCAACACUAAGAAACCUUUCCCGAAUGACGAGGAGGAAAACGUGCACGAAAACAUCGUACGCUACGAUGAUGAAGGCGGCGGGGAGGAAGACACAGAAGCUUUCGACAUCACGGCCCUGUGGAAGACGCACGCAGAGCCACUAAGCUACGCAGAACUAGCACAGAGCGGCCCUAAACUAAAUCUGGACGCUAAGCCACCGCUCAACAACGCUAAGCCACGACAGGAGCGGCCAGAGAUCAAGAGUCUGUCACGGUACGUUUCACAGAUGGACGCUAAAACACACGGCGCCGAUCCUAACAGCGCUAAUAUAUACAGCUACAUGCUAGCUAAGCUCUGCGAGGCGGAUAUGCACGUGGAAGUGGCUCCACACGACUCGCUCCGGACGUUCGCGUACGAAGGCGAGGGAUCAGUCGCGGAUUCUCUCAGCUCGCUGCAGUCCGACGACGAUAACAGUCACGAUUACGAUUAUUUAGACGAGUGGGGGCCGAGGUUUCAUAAACUAGCAGAGUUAUAUGGUACAAAUCAGAGUUAUAGUUAG